AUGGCCGGGUCACCGGACAACUUCUUCACCGUCUGGGACUGGAAGGCCUCGCGCAUCAUGCUGCGCGCCAAGUCCGCCGGCCAGGACGUGUUCCAUGCCGCCUUCUCCAGCUACAUGCCCGGCCACAUCACGUCCGCAGGCAGCGCGCACGUCCGCUUCUGGCGGAUGGCGGAGACGUUCACGGGCCUCAAGCUGGAGGGCGCGCAGGGCCGCUUCGGCAACACCGAGGUGACGGACGUCAUCGGGGUGCUGGCCAUGCCCGACGGCAAGGUGGUGUCGGGCUGCGAGUGGGGCAACAUCCUCGUGUGGGAGGCGGGGCUCAUCAAGUGCGAGGUGGCCAAGAAGGGCCGCAAGGGCUGCCACGGCGCGCCCGUCGCCCAGCUCGAGUACUCCAACGGGGAGCUGCUGUCUCUGGGCAUGGACGGCUUCGUCAAGGUGUGGUACUUUGAGACGAUCGACCUGGCCGACCCCCCGGACGACGACCGCUUCGUGGAGGUGGAGCCCAUCUUCGAGCUCGAGGUCGCCGACGAGCUGGGCCCCGCGGCCCUCAUGUGCAUGCAGCGCAGGCACGGCGGGGACCAGGGGAGCACGUGGUUCGCCCAGGACGGUGGCGGCGGACUCUGGCAGCUGGACCUGUCGUUGUCUGCGGACGCGCCCGCGCCGAGGCGCCUCUUCACGUCGCACUCGAGCGGGGUGGUGGGCGUGUCCGCGGCGCCGCUCGCGCCCGGCGUCGCCACCCUGGGCAAGGAGGGCCGCCUGCACUUGUACAGCCCCGGGAGCCUCGGGCUGGUCGUGGCCAGGGCCUUCCCCGCGGCGGGCAGCGCGCUACUCUGGCUGCCGGCCUCGGUGGCGGCGUGCGGAUCGGUCCUGGUGCUGGCGUGCGCCGACGGCGUGCUCCGCGUCGUGGCCGUCAACCUGGCGGCGGCGGAGCAGCAGUUCAAGCAGCACGGCGGCACCGCGCUCGGCACGGCGGACCACGUGACGCUGCUGCAGGUCGCCAAGGCCCACGCCCAGGCGGCCACGGCCCUCGCCCUGUCCGAUAGUGGGAAGGUGCUCGCGUCGGGUGGCGCGGACCUGAAUGUGUUUCUAUUCCACGUCGAGGCCAAGGGGCAGUGA